AUAUUAUGUAUUCCUAGAUCCGUGGAUGUGAAAUUGGACGGGUACAAGACAAUCCUUAUUUCAGAACCUAAAUAAAAUCUAUUGCGUAUCUACAUAUAUAUAUAUAUAUAUAUAUAUAUAUGUUAUAUAUAGAAUCUGCUAUUAUGAGGCCCACUAAUAUUAGCCCCGGCUUGGGUCCGCUGAGCCGCUAACCCAUGGAAACAUUAUUUUAGAAUGCGGUGGUCCAUCGCUUCUUUCGCGCCCUUCUUCGAUAUCAGCGGCAUCACUUACCUCAUGAAUCAUUCUCUGGGCUCGGAUGCAAAGGUCUUAGCGUGGUCUACUCCCAAUGAACUCUACGUAGUUGAAGGGGUAGGCAUCUAAAAAGGGCAGAAAUACUGCGCGCAUCCAACUACUUCUGAAGCUCCCAUGAGAAGUACGAAUUUGUAUUCAAAAAGGCCGCCUGCAAUCUUUACAUUCCCCUUUUCACCACCGAAACUCACUUUCGUUGUUUUUUUCUCUGUGUGUAUGUGGAGGAGGAGGGGGGGAGUCGUAUCACAUGCUGUUUUCAAUUUUACUUUUCCAUAUACUCAUGUGUUAUACUCUCCAGGCUAUGGAAAAUGUUGCGCUAAAAUAGUGAUACCGAUAUCAUUGGUAGGGAACAUAUGUCCUGUUAUGAGUGAAUAA